GACUGGGAUAAGCCACGCCACUCCUCCUGUUCUGCGUCGUUUCUCCGUCGAAAAAUCCCACACCAAAGCAAAACCCCAAUGCCCGAGCCGGCGGCGGCGCCCGCCGGGAUCGACCCGCGCAGCGGAUUCUGCGCUGCCACGCGGAUCUUCCACAGCUUGCGCUCCAGUUCAGCGGGCUCGCUGCCGCCGGAGUCGCUCCCGGUCACGGCCGCGGCCUACGCCUUCUCGCUCCUCGCCUCCGCGCUCCCCGGCCGCCCCGCGCUUGUCGACGCCGCCACAGGCAUUGCCGUCUCCUACCCGUCCUUCAUCGCCUCCGUCCGUUCCCUCGCAGGCGGCCUCUGGUCCUCCCUCGGCCUCCGCCCCGGGGACGUCGCCUUCGUCGUCGCGCCCUCGCGCCUCAAGGUCCCCGUGCUCCACUUCGCGCUCAUGUCCAUCGGCGCCGUCGUGUCCCCCGCAAACCCGGCCUCAACCCCCGAGGAGUACGCGCACCAGGUCGCCCUCUCCAGGCCCGUCGUCGCGUUCGCCGCCCCCGAGGUGGCCGAGAAGCUGCCCGCGUCCGUCAGUUGCGUAGUCCUCGAGUCAGACGCGUACGAGACGCUUGCCUCCGUGGGAGCGGGGGCGGCUCCUCCGCCGGUGGUGGUGAAGCAGUCGGACACGGCGGCCGUGCUCUACUCGUCGGGAACGACUGGCCGGGUGAAGGCCGUCGCCAUCACGCACCGCAACCUCACCGCACUGAUGUGCACGCACGCCGAGAACCGGAAGAGGGUGGCCGCGGAGGCCACCGAGGCGGGCGAGGAGCCGCCGCCACCGGCCGUCACGCUGCUCCCGCUCCCCCUGUUCCACGUCUUCGGGUUCAUGAUGGUCCUGCGCUCCGUGUCCAUGGGGGACACGGCCGUGCUCAUGGAGCGCUUCGAGUUCGGUGCAGUGCUGCGCGCGAUAGAGCGGUACCGUGUCACGCUGCUGCCCGCGGCGCCGCCCGUCCUGGUGGCCAUGAUCAAGUCCGAGGAGGCGCGCCGCCACGACCUCUCCUCGCUCCUCGUCAUCGCCGUCGGCGGCGCACCCCUUGGCCGCGAGGUCGCCGAGCGCUUCGCCGCUGUCUUCCCCAGCGUCCAGAUUGUUCAGGGCUAUGGUCUGACGGAAUCAUCUGGCUCUGUGGCCGCGACGAUAGGGCCGGAAGAGUCCAUGGCGUACGGCUCCGUCGGCAAGCUCGCGUCGCACUUGCAGGGGAAGAUAGUCGUUCCGGCCACCGGUGAGGCGCUCGGGCCGGGCCAGCGCGGCGAGCUCUGGAUCAGGGGGCCACUUGUCAUGAAAGGUGAGCCCUGCGCAGCAGUAACUUGGUCAUUGCUCUGGACACUAAGCACGCGUUUGACCUUUGUCACUUGUCAGGUUAGAUGGUGGCUUGAUUUGUUUACUGCUAGUUUGUGUUUAGACUUUAGAUUAGACUGUGCAC